GCAUAUUUUAGUCUGCAGAUAAUAAUAUAUCAUUUCGAUUUCGUCCGCGUGCAACUCUCGCCCAUAAUCAUAAUAUAAUUUAAUAAUAAUGAGAUAAAAUAAACACAAAUUAAUAUCAUAUUAUUAAAUAUUAAUGUAAUACCGUUACUCCGCGGUCGCCGCAGUCAUUUUACGUGACGCCGUGCUGAUCGCGAGCACGUCCUCCGCAACGAACGCUUCCGACGAAAACCGCGCGAGUCCUAUUACAAGAUAAUCGUACAAAUGAUUGUCAAUUUAAAAUAUCUGAAAAAACAAUGGUCGGACUUUCCCGCGUUCGGAAUCUCGUCGUUUAGUGUAUCGAACCCGGAUCCUCGCAAAACCUUGUACGGGUUCACGGCUUUGCAGUUGUGGUUUCAAUUGUUUUCAAUUAUACUGUUAGUCAACAGCUGCUUAUUAGAAUGGUACGUCGAAAAGGACGGCAAGAUGUCGAAUGAUCGAUGGAUCGGUUACGGUCAGUUUUACUUCAAUGCCUCUCUGCUAUUCCAAAUAUGUGACGUCAUAUUGUCAAUGUACGCGAGUUAUCAUUUACGAAAUGCCACGACCCGAUACAAUAACAUACAAGACGUCAGGAUAUGGCUAAUUGUCAACAACAUUUACCUCUUGUCGGCGAUAACGUGUUUUAUAUUCGUUUUGUCCAGAGUCGGGAGUGUCGUAAUAUGCAUUAAAUCGAUAACCAUAUUGAUAUUUGCCAAUUACAAGAUAUACAUCGUUCAUCAGAUUUACAAAGACGAAAAAUUGUCGUACAUUUUUUUGGAACAAGGUCCGCCUCUGUUACCCAAUUCACAAGAAUCUGUCGACGGAGAUAAUCUGUUGCCUCAGAAUUACAACACCGUGGAAACUGAAGUGGAAUCGUCAAAAAAAAUCACCUUCGAACCACUGCUCUACACGGCAAAUUAAUGCAACCGCAGAUAAUAAUAUAGACGGUUGUGUUGACAUUAUAAAUGGUAUAUUAAUAUUAAAAUAAAUUUCCAAUGCCUAUAUGGUUUUAAAUAGAUAAUAUUAUAUAGUUGAUUUAUUUCUAACUGUCGAUGAUUUGAUAACGAUACAAUACUGUAAGUGUUGUAUCUUGUAAGUUGUAAAUAUAAUAUAAUAUAACAUAACAUAAUAUACAAUAUACAUCAUAAUA